GCCUUCACAGUAAGUUCCUGGCACUCUUGAGCCUGACUCCCUGGCAUGCUGUGGGAGACUGCUGAAUUUGUAGGUUACUACAACCGUCAUUUUCUCUCUCUAGGCAGGGAUGGUUAUGUUUCUCUCCUUCCUCCAAUGAAGUUGUGCACAAAAGCCUAUGUUUCACCUAUGUAAAACAACUGCAACAACAUCUAAUGCACUUUAAUGUAUAGCUUGCCUAACCAAAAAUACACACUAUUACUGCUGUCAAGCUAGUUAAACUUCUUGCCUUUGUACAAUGCAAUAACUGUAUUUCCAUUAGAAGAAAUACAGUUAAUGUCUGUUGCGAUAUAUACUUUAGAAAAACUGAAUAAUUAAAUGCCCAUUUAAAUAUCUUUCAAAUUACUUGUCUACUCAUUAUUUACAAAAACAAAGAGCACUAUUGCAAUCACUAGAGGAGCAUUGCUUUUUCACUUUAGUACUUACGCAUGGAAGCACAUAUGAAAACUGUUGAUGCCACUCAAGACCGAAGGACUAUAAAUAGUUCUCUGUUGUUAGAGGAGAGGAGAUGAAACAGGUCUUAUGGCACUGGAGCACAGCACGUCCUAUCAAGUGACUGUGCUCUGCCUGUGCUAAAAGUGAGAGGUGACAUCAAGAGAUCAGCUAGCCUGUGAGUAAGGCACACGCCUGGAGAAAAUUUGGUCUAACUGUAGGUUCCCUUAGGCAGCACAAACACAGCAACUUGCCUUUCUGCCUCAGCAAUGGCAGAAGCUGUUAUAAGACACUGGGUGGAAACUCCUGUACGCUAUCAAGAACAGUUUGCUGCUGAGGAGCUGGAAGAACACAAACUGAAUCACUCUCUCUAUGCUUUGCCAGGACCUUUUACAUCUGCACUGAGCAGAAGAGGACAAAUUGUGGAAAGUACAGAUGGGGCUGAGACAAGAGGCCAGAAAGAGGAAAAGACAGGCUUUCAGGUCUUGCUGGAUGUUGUGCAAUUUCGCCCUGAAGAUAUCAUUAUUCAGACUUUUGAAGGCUGGCUCCUGAUCAAAGCUCAGCACGGACCCAGGAUGGAUGAGCAUGGCUUCAUAUCCAGAAGCUUUACCAGACAAUACAAACUGCCUGAUGGAGUGGAGAACAAAGAUUUGUCUGCGCUCUUCUGCCAUGAUGGCAUUUUGGUUGUUGAAAUGAAGAACUCGGUGGGAAUUAAUUAGAGUCUUGUCCAUAGUUUAUUGGUGAGAGAAAAUUGUUCUUAAUAUAACAAAUGGUAUCAUUCAAGCAAUGCUGUAGAGUGUAGAAAGCAUGUGGCAGUAUUUAUAUUACAGAAAAGGAAAAUAAUCAUAUAUAUUUUUCAGUAUGCUAAAUUUGUUUUUUGAUGUGAAAUGUUAGACCACUUGCCUCCAGCUAAGCAUGUGCUGGAAAGCCAGACUUUUUGAACAUGAGAAAUGUGAUUUCUCAUACUAAUCACAGUAUGAGAAAAAAGUAUAUACUUGAUAACAUUGAAAUAAAGCACGUUUAAGGGUUCAUUUAAGGAUUCGUGUUUCUAAGCAGGAAGUAUUUGUAAUAUAUAUUCAUAAUCAUUAAGGAAGCAAUAAACAGGUUGUGAGUUUUAUGUAAAUCUCAUUUAUAUACCAAAAAUGUUUUAUAACUUUUUUAGAACAAGAGGACUAUCAGGAAAAAAAUUCACUGUUCAAAUUUAUAAACAAAAUAUUCUUGAGAGAGUACAUUUUAGAUGUGUUACAUAUUUGGAAGUAUACAAAAAGAAAAUAAUCACUCACUACCUUUGUUUGAAAAUACAGUAAGUAGAAUUGAUACUUUCUGUCAAAAACAAAGGAAUUAUUGCAAAAGAUUUAGAAAGCUGUUUUUGUUUAACAUAUUCAGAUAACUGUUAGCAACGGAUGAAAAAAUAUAUUGCUUACAAAUACCCAAAGGACCAAACCAUUCUGUGUGAAGCCCUGCUAAUAAGAAGGCACUACUGUAGUACGUAUGCCUUGAUUAUUAUUCACUGUCUGGUUGAUCAAUCAGAUGAAUAUUUUAUUCUCUGUGAUCCUUGGCAAUGUAGGCUGACAUGCCCCAACUGUAUCUUGAAGAGAAAAGCUUUCUGCUAACUUUUUCUCUCACUCUCUCUAUGGGCACUACAUAGAUCCAAUAUUAAGGGAAAGAGCGGGAAGGAGUUCUUACUACAGAUACAGGUCUAAUUUCUCUCCCAGUUUCUCUCAUCUAAGAAAAGUGGUAGACAUUGAAAAACAUCCGCCCACUACACCUAGUAUCUAGACUUCUCAACAUUUAAAAAAUGGUCCAUGUGAAUUUGCAAGUGCUCAAACAUUUGAGAAUAUCUACAGUUGCAAACUGAACUGUCUCCUUUCACAUAUAUUGGAGAUAAGUUUGACUGCUGUGCUAUGAAUAGUAGAAGAAUGUGGAAUGGAAAGUGCCAAGUUAAAUACAGACUCUGUAUGAUAGCCAUCUGCUAUAUGGCCAAGUGAAAAACAUAUUCAAAUGAAAUUGAAUACCAAUACGAUUCUAAGACUAUGAAAAAAAAUCUGAUGAACAAAACUGUGGCUCUCACCAGCUGAAGCCAGAGAGUUCUUUCAGUUUUAAACAAAGGCCAAAAGCUUCUA